AUGGAGUUCAGCUUUGAUUUGACAGCUGAUAGGCAACAUGUUCAUGACGCUGUCAAAGGCCUCAUAUGGACAAUUUUCUUUUAUAGAGCAUUCGGUUCAAUAAUACCUUCAACAGCUGAGUUUCUGGAUAUACCAUACCCCUACUUUGAUUCACCAGAACUAGAUAAUGAAAUUGAACAAAAACUAGACCAUCUUUUAUCAAGAAUAGAUUCAGAUAUAGCUACACCUACACUGGCAUCAACUUCAACCACGUCAACACCUUUUGGAUCGCCCGGAGCGAAAAAUUUCACAUUAAGUUCAACAGCAACAAGUUCAACAAAUAUGAUCUCUAAUCCUUAUGCAAAUAUAAAAUUCAAUGAACCUGAACCAUUAACUACAUUUGAUGAAUUUGAUAAUGAUAAGCAUUCAUCAUCUGUACAUAGUUUAGGUGCCAUUUCUAAUAAAUUAUCCACAAAAUCACCAAGUUCAAUGCCAACUACAAGCUCAACAUUACAAACAACUUCAACAAGAACAGCUACGAAUAACAAUAACAAUAAUGUAAAAUUUGGUCAAUUCACAAUCAAGUUUUAUGAAAGGAAAAAAUUGAAAAAACCAACAUGGUUUGGUAAGACUGAAGAGGAGAUUAAUUGGGAAACAUGGAUAUUAAAUGUUCGUGUUGUACAAAAUAAUACAAAUCAUCAAUCAACAUUAUUAGAAAAUACAACAAACCAAUUUGAAAAAACAGUUUUAGAAAUAAGUGAAACUUGUGAUACAAAUAAAAAUCAUAUCCCUGUGAUUACUUCAACUGAAUUAUUUCCAUUUCCUUAUACAAUGUCUACAUCUCAUGGGAAUAAUGAUAGUUGGAAGGCAUUCAUUAAAAAAAUGCUUAAAGACCCUAUUUAUUGAUAAUAUUAUGCAUUCAUAAUAUAGCUCAUGAUUUUUAUGUGUGUGAAUUUUUGGAUAAUUGGUGCUCUAGAUGAUAAAACAACUCUGUAUACUAAUCAAACACAAUUU